AUGGAGAGCUUGACAGCAGGAAAUCAUUGCAGAGUAAGUGAAUACUUCUUGGCUGGGCUCUCAGCGAAGCCAGAACUCCAGCUGCCACUCUUUCUCCUCUUCAUAGGAGUCUAUGUGAUAACUGUGGUGGGAAAUCUGGCCAUGAUCACAUUGAUUGCAUGCAGUUCCCACCUGCACACACCCAUGUAUUAUUUCCUAAGCAGUCUGUCUUUCAUUGACUUCUGUCAGUCCACUGUUGUUACCCCUAAAAUGCUGGUGAACUUUGUGACAGAGAAGAACGUCAUUUCCUACCCUGGAUGCAUGACUCAACUCUACUGCUUCCUCAUUUUUGGUGUUGCAGAGUGCUACACAUUGGCUGCCAUGGCAUAUGACCGCUAUGUUGCCAUCUGUAACCCCUUGCUUUACAAUGUAACCAUGUCCUAUCAGAUUUACACUUCCCUGAUUCUGGGUGUGUAUAUUUUUGGUAUGUUAUGUGCCUCAGUUCACACAGGCUUCAUGAUUAGGGUUAAGUUCUGCAAAUUAGAUGUGAUCAACCACUAUUUCUGUGACCUUCUUCCCCUCUUGAAGCUUGCAUGCUCUAAUACCUAUAUCAAUGAAAUGUUGAUUCUAUUUUUUGGUACACUGAACAUCUGUGUCCCAUUGCUGACCAUUAUUACUUCCUAUAUCUUCAUCAUUGUCAGCAUCCUCCAUAUUCGUUCCACCAAGGGGAGGUCCAAAGCCUUCAGUACUUGCAGUUCCCACAUUGUGGCUGUUGCGAUUUUCUUUGGAUCUUUAGCAUUCAUGUACCUUCAGCCCUCAUCAGUGAGUUCAAUGGACCAAGGGAAAGUGUCGUCUGUGUUUUAUACAAUUGUUGUACCCAUGCUGAAUCCCUUGAUCUACAGCCUGAGGAAUAAGGAUGUCAGUAUUGCCUUGAAGAAACUAUUUGAAAGGAAAAGUUUCAUAAAAGCCGAAGUAAUGUGA